GGAUGUCAGUGUAAAAGGCAGACGCUAGUACUUCAAUUUAGUUCAUUUUGUAAAACAACAAAUUGCCAAAGCAUAAAAUAUUAACGAAUCUAAGCGAUACAACAAGCCAAAUGAUACGCUUGAUGUCCAUCAGCAGCACAUCUAUGCCGAAAGUGCAAGAAGCUGACGACCUGAUAUCUGUGAUUAUUACAGUCUUAAAUGGUGCAAAGUGGAUUGAUAGUUGCAUGAAAUCGAUAGUUAAACAAACAGCUGUACCACAAAGCCAACAAAGUCGAAUGCAUGAAGCGCAGACUCCGUUUGUGUUGUCAAACAGCAGCAGAAACACCACCAUGACCUCUCCAACAUUAACGAGCUUAGGUGUGGCAAACACAACAUCUUUGUCGGCAACAUCACCCUCACCACCGCCACAUACAGCUCCGAAAGCAACAAGUUCAAUGAGGGUUGCAAGCAAGGCAGACUCAAUGCUGCAAAUUGAAAUUUGUGUUUUCGAUGACUGCAGCUGCGAUAACACCUUUAAGUUGUUGUGUUCGUGGCAAUGCAUUCUAAGAGAUUCAUACCGUAUAAGAAUGCAUAUUGAGAAAAAUGAAACUGGCAAAACAAAAGGAGUUGGCUAUGGACGCAAUAGAGCAAUAGAAGCUUCACGUGGAAACUAUUUGUGUUUUCAGGAUAUCGACGAUGAAAUGUUAUCGGAACGUAUUGCAAAGCAAUAUGCUUUGGCAAAAGAACAUAAAAAUGCGAUAAUAGGUUCAAAAUUUAUUCGCAUACCUUCGAAUGCCACUUGUCGCUUUACCAACUGGGCCAACAAUCUGAGUUCGGAUAAAUUAACCAUACAAAUCUAUACCUCUAAUGGUCCAACCAUUAUAAUGCCCACAUGGAUGUGCCAUCGUGAAGUGUAUAAUCGAAUAAAGGGAGGAUUCUCGGAGGAGGGGCAAGGAUGUCCCGAAGACUUGAUAUUUUUCUAUAAACACUUGGACAACCAAGGAGUAAUUAAGCGAGUUGAUGAAUGUCUUUUACAUUAUCGAUAUCACAAUGAGGCAACCACAUUUACAGUGACUGCUGAUACAAUAUGGCAUAUACGCCUUAAGCAUUUGGUGGACAACAUUCUGCAGCACAAGCCUUGGUCUGAGGGAUUUUCUAUUUGGAAUGCUGGUAAGCAAGGAAGAAAGUUUUUUCGCAACUUGCCCGAGAAACAAAAGCAGAGGGUUAAAACUUUUUGUGAUGUGGACAAAAAUAAAAUCAAUAAAUGUUACAGCUAUUACGAUUGUCGUAGUCGACAACAAACAUUUAGAAUACCCAUCGUUCAUUUUAGCGAAGUGAAGCCGCCAAUAGUUGUAUGCAUGAAAUUGGACUUAACAAACGGCGCUUUUGAAAUGAACCUGCAAAGCUUAAAAUUAGUCGAGGCAAAUCCUAGUCAAAUCAACCUUUUUUUACAUGUAAAUAAACAAGUAAAAAAGCAUUAAGUUCUGCCGGGCCGAACUGUGGAUACCCACCACCACGGGUAUAUAAACCACCUUAUACCCAUAGCAGCUAUAUCGAAAUAUAUGGUCCGAUUUGGACCAAAUUCGGCACGGACAUAAAUACAAGUCAUUAUUCAAUUUUGGUUCAAUGUUGGUCUUUUUGGCAGCUAUAGCCAAAUAUAUACCGAUCUGACCCAUAUAGAGCACGGAUGUCGAAAAGCCUAACAUAAGUCAGUGUCAAGUUUCAGCGAAAUCGAAUAAUAAAUACGCAUUUAUGUCUAUAUGGUUGCUAUAUCCAAAUCUGGACCGAUCUGGGCCAUCUUGAAGAAGGAUAUCGAAGGGCCUAACUUUUCUCACUGUGCUAAAUUUCAGCGAAAUCGGACAAUAAAUAAGCCUUUAAUGGGCCCAAGACCUUUAAUCGAUGGGGUUAAGGUCAAAACUGA